AAAACGUCCUGGGCGUUCGGCUUCCUCCUGGCCCUUGUCCUGGUGUUUGCUGUCCUGAGGCUGCCCUUCCGUGGGCCCCAUGAGGUCGACCACCUCUUCUGUGAGAUCCCGCCUGUCCUCAUGCUGGCUUGUGCUGCCACUGGGGUCAACCAGCUUGUCACCUUUCUUGCUUCUGUGUUUAUCUUAGUGGGGUCCCUGGGCUUGGUGCUGGUGUCCUACACACACAUCCUCUUUGCUGUCCUGAGGAUCCAGUCUGGGGAGGGCCGCGGGAAGGCCUUCUCCACCUGCUCCUCCCACCUUGGCAUGGUCGGGCUCUUCUUCGGCAGCGCCAUCGUCAUGUACAUGGCCCCCAAAUCCAGCCAUCCUGAGGAGCAGCAGAAGGUCCUUUCCCUGUUUUACAGCCUUUUCAACCCCAUGCUGAACCCACUGAUCUACAGCCUGAGGAAUGCAGAGGUCAAGCGUGCCCUAAGGGGAGUACUGUGCAAGGUGCGACCAACCUGA